AUGGGACGUAGUGGCAAAGGUCCGAGAACCAACCAACAAAAUUUGGCACCCGAAAAGGAGAGAUUUAUCCAGUGCUGUGCAGAUAUUACAUUGGAAUUGACCAGCUCUUUAAAUUCAGGUACCACUAGGGAGAUUAAUCUUAACGGGCUAAUUAUCAAGUAUUCCAAGAAAUACAAGUUGAGACAGCAACCGAGAUUGACCGAUAUCAUCAAUGCUAUUCCAGAUCAAUACAAAAAGUAUUUAUUGCCAAAGCUUAAGGCAAAGCCUGUCAGAACAGCUUCUGGUAUUGCAGUAAUUGCUGUUAUGUGUAAGCCACAUCGCUGUCCGCAUAUUGCAUACACUGGUAAUAUAUGUGUGUAUUGCCCUGGUGGGCCAGAUUCUGAUUUUGAGUAUUCUACACAAUCGUAUACUGGAUACGAACCAACUUCUAUGCGUGCUAUAAGGGCACGUUACGAUCCCUACGAACAAGCACGUGGUAGAAUAGAGCAGUUGAAACAGUUAGGUCACUCUAUCGAUAAGGUGGAAUAUAUUAUCAUGGGUGGUACGUUCAUGUCAUUGCCAAAGGACUACCGUGAAGAUUUCAUAACCAAACUUCAUAAUGCAUUGUCUGGGUUCAACGGUAAUAAUAUCGACGAGGCCAUCCAAUACUCUCAACAAAGUUUAACGAAAUGUGUUGGCAUUACUAUAGAGACAAGACCGGACUACUGUACACAGGCUCAUUUAGAUGAUAUGCUGAAGUACGGUUGUACCAGAUUGGAAAUUGGUGUACAAUCGCUAUAUGAGGAUGUUGCCCGUGAUACAAAUAGAGGUCACACUGUGAAAGCAGUUUGUGAAACUUUUAGUGUUGCGAAGGAUGCAGGCUAUAAAGUUGUCUCACAUAUGAUGCCUGAUUUACCGAAUGUGGGCAUGGAAAGAGAUAUCGAACAGUUUAAAGAAUAUUUUGAAAAUCCUGAUUUUAGAACUGAUGGAUUGAAAAUAUAUCCAACACUAGUUAUUAGAGGUACAGGUCUGUAUGAACUUUGGAAAACAGGGAGGUAUAAGUCAUACAAUGCAAACGCUCUGAUUGAUUUGGUUGCCAGGAUAAUGGCAUUGGUGCCACCAUGGACAAGAAUUUAUCGUGUUCAAAGAGAUAUUCCUAUGCCUUUAGUUACAUCGGGUGUUGACAAUGGUAAUUUAAGGGAACUAGCAUUAGCAAGAAUGAACGAUUUUGGAACGAAGUGUCGAGAUGUUCGUACUAGAGAAGUCGGUAUUCAGGAAGUUCAUCACAAAGUCCAGCCGGAUCAAGUUGAAUUAAUCAGAAGAGAUUAUUAUGCUAACGGUGGUUGGGAAACAUUUUUAUCAUAUGAAGACCCAAAGAAAGAUAUACUUAUCGGAUUGUUAAGAUUAAGGAAAGCUUCUAAAAAAUAUACAUACAGAAAAGAAUUUACAUCUCAGAGAACAUCGAUUGUUAGAGAAUUACACGUUUACGGUUCCGUUGUACCACUUCACUCAAGGGAUCCUCGUAAAUUCCAACAUCAAGGCUUUGGUACUUUAUUGAUGGAGGAAGCCGAGAGAAUUUCACUCGAAGAACAUGGUUCAGAGAAGAUAUCCGUCAUUUCUGGUGUUGGUGUGAGAAACUACUACGCAAAAUUAGGGUAUGAACUAGAUGGUCCAUAUAUGUCUAAGAAACUCGAGCAGAGCAAAGUUGUAUAG